AUGGACGCUGCUCAAACAACAAUCUCCUCGCCUGUGAGCGCUGCCGCAAACGUUGCGUCCACUUCCACCACAGCCACCAACAAGCCCAAGCCCUGCUGUGUGUGCAAGGACGAAAAGGCCAAGCGCGAUGAGUGCAUGCUCUUCUCCAACGCAAAAGACCCUGCCGCCGACUGCAAGUCUAUGAUCGACCAGUACCGAUCCUGCAUGUCGGGCUUUGGAUUCCAGGUUUAA